AUGCUGCUGGAGGAGUCUCCCUCAGAGACCUCAUGUCUUUACUUUCUCUUACCCUCUUUCGAGCCCUCACAACAAGCCGUGUUCUGCGCCUUUUCCAGAGCUUUCUCUGCUACCUUUCUUGUUUCACGCAAUUCUUUCAUGAUUUUCUUCAACUGGGUAACAGCAAGGCUUGGUUCUCCAUCUUGGGCACUAGACCUUGUGCUUUUGAGUCGAAGAUUGGACAUCGCAUUUCCCUGGAGGGAUGUGUUUGGAGUUCCUUGUGUAGGUUCAGUCAUUCUUUAUGAUCGAUUUUGCAAGAUUCCCACAGGCGGCGCCAACUGUUGGAGUAAGAUUUCUUUUAGGAAGAAAUACCUCCACAAGUACUUGACUGAAGUCUGCACACUUCUUUGGUUGAAAAAGAACUCUGGAUCGCGUUCUAGAGAACAGACGAUGGAAAUGGGUACUCCAUCAACAACAACCGUGACUCAGAAGCUACCCGGCAACAGGACUUGGGGCUUUUUUCAAAUUGCUAAUCAUGGAAUACCUGUUGAUCUUUUGGAGGAGUUAAAGGGUGGGAUACGUGGGUUUUUUGAGCAAGACACUGACGUGAAGAAACAGUUUUACACUCGUGGGUACUUCAAACCUUUGGUGUACAAUAGCAAUCCUGAUCUAUACAGGGCACCGCCCACUAAUUGGAGGGACACUUUUAUGUGCUACAUCAUGUCUUUUGGUUUAGUAGGAUUAGGAAACUUGAGUUUGAUCUAA